CCACGUUUCAGAGAGCUUUCUGAUUUUCCGCCAAGUAUAUAUUACUAGGUUUUCGGUGUGCCCCACUCUCAGCCCCCUCUUUUUAGCGGUGAUAGAGAGAGCAAGCGAGCUCUAAAGGACUCUAGAGAGAGAGAGUUUCUUGAGUGCUUGCAGAUAUGGGAGCUCUUGCUCCUGUCUCUCCAUGGAUUCCCGAAGACGACCUUUUGCUAAGGAACGCCGUGGAGGCUGGUGCUUCCUUGGAAUCACUUGCUAAAGGUGCAGUGCAGUUUUCUCGAAGAUUUACUGUUCAAGAACUACAAAAUCGCUGGCAUUCUCUCCUCUAUGAUCCAGUUGUUUCUGCAGAGGCAUCUGCUCGUAUGAUUGAGUUUGAGCGUUCUACUUCAAAUCUUCUAUCAAAAACUAAUAGAUUUGAAAUUUCAAAAGAAAAAUGUGUUUCAGGAAAGAGAAAAGCUGGAAGUGUACGUAAAUGUUACUAUGCAUUGCGUAAAAGAAUUUGCAACGAGCCAUUUGAGUCUACAAAUUUGAGUUUUCUCACUGCACCAGGUAAUGGUAAUUGCAUUGGGAAUGGAGAUGAGCUUCCUCCUGCAAAUGUUAUGCUUAAUGAUCCCAUUUCAAAUCAUUUUGGAGUUCAGGACUCGAACUUUGGCAUUAUUUCGCAUGCCUUUCCACACUUUGCAAUGAAUAGUGCUGCUGGCGCUAGCGAUGAUGCCACUGCCCACGCAUUUUGUACGGGAUACCAGGAUCCAGUUGUUGAUUUCCCUGUUGACCAAAUUAGCAUGCAUGAACAAAUUCCUCAUAAUUUUGAAGAGAAUUAUCCUCUCCCUGGGAGUUGUUCUGGUGUCGAGGAGUUUGUUCAAUCAAAAGAAUUGCAAGUCUGUGAUAUAUUUGAAGCUGAUGAUUUAGAGGCAACACCUUCAGCUAUAUAUAAUCAAAAUAAUGGUAAUAUGUGCCCUGGAUUUGGAGGAAACCCCGUCUUCAAUUCUCCAAUUACAGAUUGUGAUGCAUCAUAUCACAAUUUGGGGUACUCGUCUCCUCAGGCCCAGAUGCCAAUUUGGAGUGCAUUUGAGGGCAUUUCUGCACCAACCAUGCCUGAUGUUCCCCUUAAUGAGAACAAACAGCAGGAAGGAAAUGCAUUUUCAUUUCCUGAUAAUCAUGAUGCGAUUAACACAUCUACUUCAGGAUAUGAUGUGCACUCAGAUUCCAAGCUGGAAAUCCAAAUGCAAUGUGAUAACAUGAAAAACGCAAAACCUAGUUCAGAUGAUUAUUUCACAGAGUUGUCCUAUAAUCUUUUGAACUCUGAUGGGGAAGAGCUUUUUAUGGAUGAUGAUGGAAAAGAUGGAAUUGACAAGUCUUACAUUGAUAAUUUGAGCUCAAUUUUGUUGGAUUCUCCCAACGCCAAUGACACGACAAAUAUGUUGGAAACCAAAGCAUCCGUGGCUGCUCCAGAUGAUUUUUUUUCUAUUUCUGGUGGUGCAUGUUCUGGAGAAUCAGAUGAGAGUGCGCUGUCUCAUUAUGUUGAUGGACAUGCAGUUUGCAGUUCAGAGGGCCAUAUGUUACCAUCUGCAUCAGCUGUACACCGUCAGUUUCCAGAACUGUGCAAUGGAGUUAUUUGCUGCACGUUAAACACCGAAGACAUGGAAAUUCCUUGCAAUGAUGAUGUUUUUCUACCCAUCCAUAUGCCAUCAACAUCCUCUAUGACAGAACUGAAAUUUCAUGAAGUUAAUAAACCAACUUCCUCACUCAUUAGGAAUUUAUCGGCUAAUCGGAAUUCUAAUGCUGGAAGUCAAAGCCUGAUUAAGAGAGAAGGAAAGAACCCUGAACCAUCUCAUUUAUCUUCCCAGAUGCUAGGUUCACACUUGCUACCAGAAAUGGGACAAAAUCAUUCAGUUGGUGAUCUUGGGGUUAAAUUUGAGUUGCCUAACAGUGACUGUCCACAUAUUGCAUUCAAGAGACCAAGUACUGCUUCUGAAGGUCCAAAUCAAAUCAGUUUAGAAACUGCAUGUACAAAUACUCUCUUACCUGCAACAGUGAAAGGUGAGACUAUGGAAAUCGAACAGGCGAAGCACCUGACUUACAACUCAGCUGAUUCUUAUCUGGAUAAACCAGUUCAUGCCAUCGUUUCUGCACCUCUCAAUAGCCUUGUAAACUAUCCUCAGAUAAAUGUUAGCUGCAGUAAACCGGAAGUAGAAGCUCCUGCUACACUUCAAAAUCAUCAAGCUUUCCAUGCAGAAAUGAGCUCUGCAGAAAUGAAUAUUCCAGAACCGGUGGUAAACAUAUCACCGUCAGAGCAGGAAGAACUUCCAUCUGAAUGUGAUGAUGGCGUACCUUAUUUUUCGGAUGUUGAAGCAAUGAUACUUGAUAUGGAUCUGAGUCCAGAUGACCAGGAUUUAUAUUCCAGCAGAGAAGUCUCAAGAUAUCAACACGAGGACAGUAAGAGGGCAAUCAUAAGGCUGGAGCAGGCUGCUCAUUCUUCUAUGCAAAGAGUUAUUGCAUCUCGGGGAGCAUUUGCUGUUCUAUAUGGCCGCCACUCAAAGCAUUAUAUCAAGAGACCUGAGGUUUUAAUCGGAAGAGGAACGGAAGAUGUUAAUGUUGACAUUGACUUGGGAAGGGAAGGACGUGCAAAUAAAAUAUCUCGACGGCAGGCAAUUAUAAUGAUGGACAAAGAAGGAUCAUUUCAUCUGAAGAAUCUUGGCAAGUGUUCUAUCUUCGUAAAUAACAAGGAAGUAGCCCCUAAACAAUGUCUCGCCCUUACUUCAAGUUGUUUGCUGGAGAUUAGGGGAAUGCCAUUCAUAUUUGAGACCAAUCAAACUUGUGUGAAGCAGUAUGUGGAUAGCAUCUCUAAAGAAAGCCAAACUCAGAGCACAAAAAUUGAACAAUUGUAAAUUUGAAUGCUCUCAGAAUCCUUUUUCUUGUUCUCUAGACUAGGCUUUUCGUGCUCCGGUAAGGUUUUUAGUAAUUUGUUGUAUGUAGAGAAGGAUCAGAAUCAAAUAUCUCAAUUUUGAAAAACACAAAACAUCUCUAUCCUUGGAGUUCUGGUGCAGUUCUUCCACUUGAUCAUAAACAUUCAGCAGGACACAGGUUUUUUUUUUUUCCUGGGCAAGUGAAUUUUUUUAUUUUUUAUUUUUUUUAUAAAAACGGAAAAAAAUGUACAUAGAUGUAAGCAUCCAGCAGGACAGGUUUAUUUAUUAUUUAUUUUCUAGGCAACUUAGAAACUUAGAAACUGAAAACCAAUAAUAUGAAGUGGAAUAGAGCACCGACUUGAUGAGCUCUAACCUUCCAACAAGGGACGAGUUUAUGCCAUCCCCCGUCACAAAGCAGAGGCAAACCCCAGGUAUCAGAGAGGAAAGUAGUCUGUUUUGGAAAUGAUAUGUUUUGACCUAUAUCUUGAUUUCAACAGGGUUUGUUUUGAAAAAUGAGUUUUAGACAUGUUUGUAAAAAUGUGAUGUAGAACUCAUUGCCAAACCUUUACGGCCGUUUGUAUCGCCAGGUUGCCAAAUGGGCUUGAUCCCAAAAUGUCUGUAUUUUACCCAAUAUGAGAGUUUUUUUUUUUUUUUUUUUUUUUUUUUUUUUUUUGAAACGGCCCAGCGAACAAGACUCAUUGCUAUGUUGUGAUGUAUGACAAGACUUACUGUUACGUUGUGAUGUACGACGUUUUUUGGUGAAAUAUCAUCGUUUAGAGCCUCAAAACGGGUUUUCCUACCCUAUAGGAAGUCUCUUGAAUAUUUCGGAAUUUUUGUUCGUUAUCUAAACGAACUCGGAUUGCCCUCAAAUUUUAUAUCUAAUAGUUUUAUUUGAUUGAGUUUCUUUCUCUAUUUUCAGAAUUUUUAGAAAAAUUUUAUUUUUAAACUUAUUUUCAAGUAUUAGUGUCCUUCCGAGAUUAUAAGGUUUCCUUAUGUUAUAAAGUUUCGUGUUUCAUUUAGUUUCUUUAUGAAUUAGGGUUUUUAAUGUAGAGAGCAGAAUUAUUCAUUCAAUUAUUCAAUACGAUAUUAGUUUUUCUUUGAAUUUAUCUCUUACUUUGCGGAUUCAAAGUUGUUACUUUGUGAAUUCAAAGUAGUUUAUGAUUUCUUGAGAACAAACCUAGCUUUAGUUUACAUCAAAAUGAAUGAGUAUGAA